AUGAAACCUAACUUCAUUGUUAUAGUCGCUGAUGACUUAGGUUUCACUGAUUUAAGUGCUUUUGGUGGUGAAAUCGAUACACCAAAUCUUAAGAGACUCGCAGAUAACGGUUUAAGAUUUACUGAUUUCCAUACUGCGUCAGCAUGUUCCCCUACUAGAUCAAUGUUACUAAGUGGUACUGAUAACCACAUUGCAGGGUUGGGUCAAAUGGCUGAACAUGCUAGAAAUCACCCUGAAGUGUUUGAAGGAAAGCCUGGCUAUGAAGGUUAUUUGAAUUUUAGAGUUGGUGCUUUAUCGGAAAUUCUUCAAGAUGCAGGUUAUUAUAACUUCAUCUCAGGGAAAUGGCAUUUAGGUUUAUUACCUGAUUAUUGGCCUAGCAAAAGAGGAUUUGAAAAAGCCUUCACUUUAUUACCUGGAGCUGGUAAUCAUUACAAGUAUUUUCCACAAGCUGGUGAUCUGCCAAAUUUUAUGAGUCCAUUAUAUGCUGAAGGUGAUAAAUCCUUUGAUCCUGAUAAUUUACCUGAAGAUUUCUAUUCCACCGACUAUUAUACUGACAAAUUUAUAGAAUACUUGAAUCAUGAGUCAAGACAAGACCGUCCGUUUUUAGGUCUUCUAACUUACACUGCUCCCCAUUGGCCAUAUCAAGCUCCUAAAGAAGUGGUGGAUAAAUACAAAGGAUUCUAUAAGGCUGGUCCUGAAGUAUUAAGAUUGAAAAGAUUGGAAUCUGCUGCUAAAUUGGGUCUUAUUCCUGAAGGUGUCACAGCACAUCCCUUGGUAACAGCUAGGAAAAAAAGGUGGGAUGAAUUAUCUCAACAUGAACAAGAUACAGAAGCUAGAAUCAUGGAGACCUAUGCUGCUAUGAUUGAUGUUUUAGACCAAAAUAUCGGUAAAGUCAUUAAAGCCUUGGAAGACAAGAACGAGUUGGAUAAUACUUUCAUAGUUUUCAUGUCCGAUAACGGAGCUGAAGGUAUGUUAUUAGAGUCCUUACCUCUUUUCAAUGCUAAAGUUGAUUCGUUGAUUGAUGAAUUCUUUGAUAAUUCCUUGGAUAAUAUUGGAAGAGGUAAUUCUUUUGUUUGGUAUUCUGAUCAAUGGGCACAAGCUGCUACUGCUCCGUCUAAUAUGUAUAAGAUGUGGACUACUGAAGGAGGUAUAAGAUGUCCUCUAAUCAUUCAUCACCCGAAUAUCAUAAAAGAAGAAAGUAGAGGUUCAGUUAAGCAUGAAUUUGCUACAGUUAUGGAUGUUUUACCCACCAUUUUAGAUCUUGCAGGUGUAGAACACCCUGGAGAAACCUUCAGGGGUAAGAAAAUUGCUCCUGUGAGAGGUAAGUCUUGGAAAAGCUACAUCACUGGUGAAUCUGAGAAGGUUCAUUCUGAUGAUACUGUCACUGGUUGGGAAUUGUUCGGUCAACAAGCAAUAAGAAAAGGUCAUUUCAAAGCUGUUUAUAUUCCACAGCCUCUAGGUACUGGAGAAUGGCAACUUUUUGAUCUUAAGAAGGAUCCGGGUGAAAUCAAUGAUCUUGCUUCCACAAAUAAUGACAAACUUCAAGAAUUGUUAGAACACUGGAGUACUUAUGUUGCCGAAACAGGUUUGGUGGAUGCAACAGGCACAAGAGGUGCUGAAGACGAUUUCGAACUCAAAAUAGUCAGUUUGUAG